UUUUAAAGGGUUUGUAACUAUAAUAAUAAAGCAAUUGACAAUAUUAAGAACUUAUAAUGUCUAAUUUGAUGAAAAUAUAACAAUGGAUGUGCAACAACUUUUUAAAGAUGGAAUGAAUUUUGCUGCUAAAGCAGUCGGGCAUGACUCAGCUGGUGAAUAUGAUUUAGCUAAGUUUUUUUACAUUGAGGCUUCAGAAGCAUUGUUAAAAGUAAUUUCCAUUGAUCAGAGUAUAUCAGAUGCUAAAAUUAAAGUGCACCAAUACAUGGAGAGAGCAGAGUAUCUGGCAAACCUGUCAGCUAAUCAAAAACAUUCAAAGUUAAGUUCACAAUGCCCUCAGCAGAAAAGUUUUGAACAAAUUCAGUUUGUUUUAUCACAAGCUCUUACAGAAGAUGAAAAUGGAAAACAAUUCAAUGCAUUACCUUUGUAUACUGAUGUUGUUGAAUCUUGUCUUAAAAUGUGCAAAGAAACAUCCGAUGAGCAUAUCAAAAGUAAAUGUAAUCAAUGGGCUAAAAUGGCUGUUGAAAGAGCUGAACUAAUUAAAAAUAGCAAAGCUGAUGUUCUAACAAGCAAACAAGAUGUUUUAACCAAAACUACUUUUGGGAACUUAAUGAAUUCUCAAAAAAGUUUUAAUAAAAAGAAACUAUCACCAAGUGAAAUAGAAACUUUGCGGCUUACUUCUUAUGUUAAUGGAAAUGUUUAUCAUCCAAUGCUUGAUAUUGAUAUAAAUGAACAAUUUGCUUACAAAAUUCCUUUUUCAGAUCCUAAUGGACUUCUUACACUGGCACCAAAGCAACAGUCAAGAUUCAUAUCAUGGGUCAGACCAUCAGAUAUUUGCGAAAAUCCACAAAUGAUUUUUGCUGUCUCCAGUCUGAGCAUAAAGCAGACAAUUGUAUCUGACUGCUCCUUUGUUGCUUCUUUAGCUAUCAGUGCAGCUUAUGAAAGGCAGUUUCAGAGGAAACUUAUCACAAGUAUUAUCUUUCCACAACAAAAAGAUGGUACUCCAUUUAUUAAUCCUUGUGGAAAAUAUAUGGUGAAAUUGCAUUUCAAUGGGGUCGCAAGAAAGGUAAUAAUUGAUGAUUUACUUCCAAUGGGAAAAGAUGGACAACUAUUAUGUUCAUUUUCACAAAAUUGCAACGAAUUUUGGGUCAGCUUACUUGAGAAGGCAUACAUGAAGGUUAUGGGUGGCUAUGAUUUUCCUGGUUCCAAUUCUAAUAUUGAUUUAAAUGCUCUAACUGGAUGGAUACCAGAGAGAGCUUCACUUAAGUCAAAAGAUAUAAGCUUUGAUGUUUUGUUUGAUAGGAUGCUUAAUGGUCUUGAGAAAGGAGAUGUUUUAAUAACAGCAGCAACUGGAGUGAUGAGUGAUGCAGAAGCAGAUCGAGCAGGUUUAGUUCCAACCCAUGCAUAUGCUGUUUUAAAUUUAAAAAAAGUUCAAGGUAAAAGAUUAUGUUUGCUGAAGAAUCCUUGGAGCCAUUUGAGAUGGAAAGGAAAUUAUUCUGACAGUGAUACAGUGAAUUGGACACUAUCACUUGAGAAUGCUUUAGGAUACAAUAGAGAAAAAGCAGCUCAAAAUGAUAAUGGUGUGUUUUGGAUAAAUUGGGAAUCUGUUUUAAGGUUUUAUGAUGUAAUUUACAUGAACUGGAAUCCAAAACUUUUUACCUACAAAUAUACCCUCCAUGCAGGCUGGAAUGCAGUUGAAGGUCCAAUUAAAGAUGCUUACAAUAUAGGUGAUAAUCCACAAUAUCGACUUGAAGUUGAUUCUGACAGUGAUGAUGCUAUUAUCUGGAUUCUCUUGACUCGUCAUAUAACUAACAGAGAUGAUUUUGCAGAUAAUAAAGAGUUCAUUACAAUACAUGUUUAUAAAUCUAAUGGAAGAAGAGUUUACUACCCAGAUGGUAAAUAUCUGGAGGGAACAAAAAUAAACUCACCACAUUACCUUGCUAAACUAAAAGUUGGAAGUGGUAGAUCACAGUUUACUAUUGUUGUAUCACAGUAUGAAAAACUAAACACAAUUUAUUACUCACUAAAGGUUUUUUCAAAUAUGAAGUUUACCAUUGGUCCUGUCCCAGAGAUAUACUCAUCCAAAAAAAAAAUAACAAUGUCCUGGACUAAACAGUCAGCUGGUGGAUCACUAAAUUCCCCAUCAUAUGAAAAUAAUCCAAAAAUAUUGCUUGAACUUAUCUCUAAUACUGCAUCUAAUUUGCUUAUAAAAAUUGAAACUAGUCGAAAAUACUUUGCUGGUGUUGAAUUACGCUCUGUUGACUCCUCUUACCGGAAGAAUUCUGGUGAAUAUAGAUGUGGCUUUGUAGCAUUUACAAUAGAAAAUGUGCCACCUGGUAAUUAUCUCAUAAUUCCAUCUACAUUUAUUCAAGGGCAAGAAGGUCCUUUUUUUCUAGAAGUUCAAGCUUCGUGUGCAAUGAAAUUGAAUACAAGAUAAUUAUAAAAAGUGAAAAUUGUAAAUUGUUCAAAUAAAUCUGAAUAAGUUGAUAAACAAACAUGAGUUUUA